AUGGAACUUGUACGAAUAGCACGAGGGAAGAUACGUUCGGUAGGAUUCCAUAGGACUGAUGAUCUACUGGUUACAUACAGCGAGGAUGAUUCACUUCGCCUCUUCGAAAUCGCCAACGCCAAGACAAGUGAAGAUAACUUACCACAAGAAACAUGGCAUGGAUCAUGUUUGCUUACACAUCAUCCCAGCUCUCUUAUUUGCUCUUCUCUUUACAACUUGGACUCCACUGGCAGUGAUUACUCAUGCUUCAAUCCUAUAGAAGAGAGGCAAGAAGUUGUUACUGAAAAGAAUAUGCAAACUGAGCUCACGAAAGUCAGGGAAGAUUUCAAGAUGUCGGAAUCAGAUUGUGGUUCUGCACGUGUGCAAGUUGCGCAGCUCACGACUAAAAUUAAGCAUAUAUCGUCUGCUCUGCACAAAAAGGACAAGCAUUCACAGAAGGGACUUUUUGCUAUGGUUCAGAAAUGGAAGAAGCUAUUGAAAUAUCUAAUGCUAUAUACCUUGUGGCUGUAUAACCGCAGUACAAAACAAACUGACUGUGAUUCUUACUGCCUUUUCCUGUCAAAACUCAGCCUUCGUAACAACCCGGAUUACAAGUUCUAA